GUAUUGUGAUCUCACAAUCAGCUGUUUUGUACGUUCUACAUUCUGAUCCGAGGAUCAGCUGGAGGCAGCAAUAAACAGAAGGAAAAUCUGCAGCGAAGAUAAAAAUAAAAGCGAGAGAGGGGAGGAAAAACAGCUGCAGAUGUUGUGAUCUGAAAAUAAGCAGUGUAAACUUUUACACGAAGAUCUUCUUCUACGAAGAAAGCCUUUUAUUUUUGUAUUAUGGUGUUUUAACUACCUCACUUUAAGACUAUCUAAAGCUGUGCUUUAAGAAUUGUUGUCGUUUCUACUGUGUGUGAGAUCCCGUUUACAACUUGAAAAACAUUGCAAAGGCAGGUAAGCUAUUCUCUACUUUGCUUUUAAUCUCAUACUGUUUGUUUUGUGUUCUGGCGAGAGGUAUCAAGCUACACUUGUCUCGGCUGCGUUCACCGCAGGCUUUAGACAGGCUUUACAGGCAGAUAUAUCACCCUUUAUCAGCCUUUAUACAAUCAAAUAACAUGCAGAUUUGCAUCCUUGUACAUCAGCGAGUCUCCACAAAGGGCAUCAUUGAAUGCUGAGUGAUAUAAUUGGUGAGGACGUUUUAUUAGGUCAUGAAUAGAUUUGAGACAGCACCCCAAACCAAACGAUAAAUGAGGUCGAUUCGACGUCCUGGAUCCUGAAAAAAAUUGCUCUCUAUCUCCCAGGAUGCCAGCUACUGUUGUUUGGUAAAAUGGACCAAAUGCUGAUGUGGAGUCGAGUCGAUGGCGGAUGUUGAUGUUUUUUUCUUGGAGGCGGACCUUGAAUGCUAAAAGGUUUUGUGCAAAGAUAGUCGCUUGUGUUAUCUGGUGGAAAUAACCCUUAUCCUUUUUUUUCUGAAAUAGCCUAUCCAUCCAGUUGAUGACUUUGGUUCAGUGUCGCUGAGCCACAACUGUCAUUGCUUUGACCCCUCAGCUGUAGGGCUUAUGGGGAUAAUAGUCCUGUCUUCUUGCUCGUACUCGGAAAGGCACGGUUUUAUUUUCCUUUACAUAAACCUAAAGCGUCUUUGUGUGGGUAUUUUAUCGACACUGUGCCUUUGAGCAUUUUUUUUCGUGUCGUUUUUUUAAACUCCAGACGAUAACCGUCGACCAUAGCAACCACAACAAUGAGUUGUCACAGCAAGAAUCACAUUAGAUACGACAGUCCGUGUAUGUGCCAUUUACACGGUUAUAAAAGAUGCAUUUUUCGUUCUGUUUGCAUUUCACUUAAUUUUUUUUCCCCUCUGUCUACAAAUAGGCAGUCUCUGUCAGCGGCAGUGACGUAAGCGUAGCGUCGUGUUGCGUCUUGUUUUUAUUCCGCUAGUCCCCGCCCAUGAAUUUAGGCUCCUCCCAUUUUUAAAGGAACAGAUGCCAAAAGAGGAAAGUCAUCAGGAGAUAGAUAGAUAGAUAGAUAGAUAGAUAGAUAGAUAGAUAGAUAGAUAGAUAGAUAGAUAGAUAGACUUUAUUGAUCUCAAACUGGGAAAUUCCCAUGUUACAUAUAAGAACAAGUAUGUACAAUACAGUCUAAAUGUACUAAAUAUAAACAAUAAAUACAGACUAAAUAUACUAUACAUCCUAAAAGAAAAAAGUCAGAUAUGAAAAAAGUGAGCUACCCACUAAUAGUACUAAAAUGAAAUGAGUAAUAAAUAUGAAAUGUACAGAUAGGGAUAAUAAAUAAACAAACAAUUUAAGGUGCUCGGUAAUGUGUUGUGGUAGGAUUUUUUUAAAAAAGACUAUACAGCAGACAGAUGUGAGUCUCCGACAGAUGUGAGUUAUUGAAUAGUGCUAUUGCUGGUGGCAGGAAAGAUUUCCUGUAUCCGUCCCUACGACAUAUGUGCUCUCCAGGCAUUCUUAUCAAGAAACUGAAGAGCCUGUCUGACUUUGUCAAUAUUUAUGACAAAAUUUAAAUGCUCUGUAUAGUUUUGCACAUCAAAACAUGAACUCACUGGAUAGUAAACUGUAUCCUAGGUUAAAGCACUGUUGCUGUAAUUGAUACAAUAACAUGAAAAAAGGAAAAAUAAAUGGGAUUAAAUAAUAAGCAGGGAAGUUUACAGAAAAUAAGGAGUUAGACUGAAGAUCAUAUAUUCAUCCCCUGUCUAACAAGAGAUUGAUUUUUCUUCCAGUGACAUUUUUACUUUUAUGACAGAUGGUAAAGUUGUUAAAUCAUGCCUAUGCAUUUGGGUGUCUCCCAGGAUAAAGGUAUCAGUGAUUACUUUGUAUCAUUGCUUAUAUUUGCCUCACACAGAUAGUCAUGGAUAAGCAGGUAUAGUCACCAAUCUGAUAAAUCCUUUUUUUCUCCUUUUCAGGGACAUGUUGCAUGAUGUUCCUAUAUGAGCCUGUGUGUUUUGUACAUGUCUGCUGCACCCUAUGCAAAGCAGCCCUCAGGCCCUGUUACUCAGUGUGUUUAUCUGCAUUUGUCACAGCCUCAUGACUUAUGCUUCUAUUUAUCCAGGAAUGCAUUAAACAAUUUCAGUAUUGAGAACUGACAUCAGGUCAUGGUCUCUGUUUAGACUUCGUUUCCAAAGUCCCAAAAGAGAUAAAAUGAGAGUUUUUCAAAAUUGUACUCACUGUUUUAAAAAUAAUAUAGGAGGAAUACCACCAGUAGAAAUAAACCCAUAUAAUUUAUCUUAAAAAAAAUUCUGCUUCAGGCUUGUUGAUCCAAGAAGACAUAUUAUGUUUCAUAUACGCCCUUUUUUAUGUUUUGUGCUGAAUUCUACUUUUGAUUUCCAUCCCCUCAGUAUCCCUUAAAACAGUCACAAUGACUCUGACUGUUAAAAUGAAAGGUAUUCAGUCAGAUUUAAGAACUCUGCUGGGCACUGAGUGGUUCCACCUGAGGUGCUUUUUCUUUCAAUAUUGGUAGUGGUAGCCAUAGUGAUUUUCCAAAUAAGGACAGGAAGUUUCAGCCUCCCAUCAAGCAACCAUGCCUAUCCUUCCUGUCACCUUUAAAUCCAUGCUCCUAAAUAUCAACCUCAGUCGUUCCUUUUUCUAACCAGGGGUGAAAUUUAGCAGCACAUCUCAGAUUUCAAUGUAAUUUUGAAGACAAAAUAAGCAGAAGCAAUAAGCAGACCUUGAAUGUAAUCCAGAAUAUAACCCUCCUCUGCUUUAAAAAUUGUGGAGAAAUUAACAAACGGAAUAACACAUAGGAAGAGAGCCUGAAAUUUAAAAGAUAUUUUUAAUAUUUUCAGUCAACUUGUGGAGGAAGAGGAUUUGCACUUUGGUCCCUCAUUUCCUGAAGUCACACAGUUAAGUCAGUAAAACUUGAUUAUGUAGGGUUUGUCUCGUCAGAGACUGCUGUCAAAACAUCUGCUCAUUAUUACAUCAUCACAUUCCCAUUUAGGCCGGGCACUUGUCCUUUGCCUUCGUGCUAUCAGUGUCCACAUCCCUCUACACAUUUUAAUAUCUUGUACAGCUACCUCAUUAGAUUUCGUGAGAGCUUCAGUCUUUAUUUCACCUCCUUUCACCUCCUUCUCUUUUGUUCUGUCCAUCUGUCCUCAGACAGUGCUAUUUGGUUCUCAACCCCUCACGGGGGUUGGGAGUGGCAGCCAUUGUGUAGUAGCUUCUUGGUGCUGAUGUCACUAAUUUUUUCACUUAUUACUGGAGCUUAGUGAAAUCCCAUUACUGUGUCAUUAAGAUGAUAAACGCAGAUGCCAUUUUACACACAGGCUAUUUUCAAACUCUGCCAUGUUACAUUCUUAUAACUUAAUUUUCAGGCUUUAUUAAUUCCUCUCUCCAGAGAAUCAUUAAUGAAGCCUACUUUUGUCCAACUUUAAAAACUAUCUUGCUUCCUUGCUUGACCAACAUUGAAUCAAUUCUUUCAUCAAGCUAAUAGGUAAUAGCUAAGCAAUAUUUUUACUUAAAAAUUGGUUUAAUGACUGUGCAAAACAAGUCAAUCAAAGUGACAGAUCAUAGGUCAUUUCCAUCACUUUUAACACAUUUUUAGGUCACUGCCUUGGUGUAUGGACCCAGACAUGUCAAAGGUUCACUUCUACCACUUUACAGAUGCUGCAGACAGUUUUAAUCUGUAAGAAAGAUAAAAACACACACUUUGACACCAAAUUUGCCUUGCAACAUCUAGCUGGGAUACAGAGGUGAAUGUAGUUACUCAUAUAUUUUAGUCAUCAGUUGUUAAGGACCAAAAAUAAGUAAAAGGGACGGUUCAUGUUCAACACACAUCUGUCACACUUUGUUCUGUGACUCUGUUCUAAAUAAAAAAUGGUGACUUUAUGCUUUCAAAUUCAAUAUUCAAACUUUUGAUAAUCUGAGUUUCUUGUUCUGCUCCCAAGUGAGGCAAAACGUCAGUUCUUAAAAGUUUUGAGGAUUUAACACCAAAUCGAACUAUUUUCCCAGCUCAUAGCCUGCAAGCUCUCUUUACUGAUGUUUCUAGAGAAGUUCUCCUGCGAUAACAGUGUGGAAACUUCUGUUUUUUGCUUUUUGUCCAGAGGUUUAAGUCCAAAAGAUACUUCCAGCAUGUAGCGAUCUGUCCUGAAGUAACCCUGAUACACCUCUUACGUCACACAUUGCUGAUUUAUUUUGCUUAUCUAAUGCACUCUGACCAAGCAGCAGGAAAUUGCCCCAUUGACAGAACUCUCUUUUUUAUUCUAAGAUAUGCUUCAGCCUCUGGUUACCACUCAUAAUAAUCUUUUUUUUCUCUCUUUUUUGUUCUGUCUUUGCAGGCCUUUGCUCCAAACCAAGUGAAACCUUACAUUUGCACUACUGAAGCCUGUCCACUCCCGUUUGUCAAAAACCGAGAUCCAGCAAAGGGCUUCAAGUUCAUUCAAAAAAAAUUGUGUAGAACAGCAACAAGCAACACAGAAACACAAAUAAGAAAUUCAUCAAGGCAGCUACAGCUUUUUCUUUGUGGACGUCUACAAAAGUACCUGAGUCAACAACACUCGACCGUACAGGCAGUCAUGUUCCAGCGUCUGACCAACCUGUUGUUUGGGGAAGUAGAGGAGGUGGCAGCUGAGCUGAAGGGACCCAACCCUUGUGUGACAGAGGCAGAUGAGGAGGGAUGGAUGCUCGUCAACCUGCCUGGUGAGUCUCAACAAAGGAGGAGCAGUGCUGGGUUUAAUGGAUUGAUGUGACAUUCAAGAGCCAAAAAGUCACAUUAUGAGUUCAGUGAGUUUAAGUAGCUGAAAAAAACUGCAGUUCUCACUUGCAUGAUCAUGUUCUGUGGAAGUGUAGAAGAUAUAUUGGGGAUGAUGGGAUGAGGUGAGGGCAUGGCACAACUUCACCUAUCCUCACCCAUAUGGCUGCAUCACAAAAAGUGUUGUCUGUCAGAUGAUGGCAAAAACACACAGGCUACAUCCCCAUCCUCUUUGUUGAUGAUCUCAAUCAGGACAGGGUGACUAGUAAGUAUGAAAAUGAGCUUUGGUGCCUGAUACUAAGCCAACCAAACAGCAAAAGUAGCUCUCAGCAGAGUCAAACUUUAUGUCACCGACAUAGUCACAACCUUAGGGGGUCAACACAACUAAUGAUGUGACUCUUUAUGUUUUGUGUUUCCUUACCCCCUCUUCUCCCCCUCCUCCAAUAUAUUUGAACCCCCUUACAUUCCCCACACUGGUAUGUGUGCGCGUGCGUAUGUGCUCCCUCAAAAAAAUGUCCCUUCAUCCUGCAUGACUUAUUUUGAAAAAAACCUUCCAUAAUUUUUCUGCAUCAUUGUUGCAACCUACCGUCCAAAUCGUAUGUCCUUAUUGGCUGUCUCAUCCCUACCCAUGCAUCCAGAAGAGUCUGAAAGCACGAUGCAGGCUGAGGAUGAGACAGACGCCCCACUUAUCGCACAAUCACAUCCCGAAAAUGACCAAUCUUAUCAUCAAGACGCACAUACAAGGACUGAAAGCCCCGCCCCCAUUCCCAAUGUGCCUCAUAAGCGCCGUAGGACACUCAAAGGCCGGGCCCGAGGUGCAGUAGCAUCAUCAAACCCUCUUUUUUGUCAAAGCGCUAGCCCGUCAAAUUUGGGUGCUACUACACCCGUGACCCCCCCAAGACAGACCACACUGAUCACACCCUCCUCCACCCCGUCAGUGUCCCCUGGUUCAGGAAGUGAGUGUGGGGGCAGUGGGGGUAGCAAUAGGUCAGGUCCAGAGAGAGGCUGCAUGGAUGAGAGCUGGUUUGUCACCCCUCCCCCCUGUUUCACUGCAGAGGGAGCCACAGCAGAGGCCAGCCCGAUGGAGGACCUGCUAAUCGAACAUCCCAGUAUGUCCGUGUACGUCUCCUCCAACAACCUGUCCAUGGUUUCCAAUGGCAACCUGUCUGUGGUGGGAGAGGAGAGCAUUGUCAGCUUGGCAAGCAGUGUGAGGUGAGAAAAGUAGCCCCGUUAUUGUUGCUGUUGACCUUCCCCUCCUUUCUGAGCACGUACCACAACAAUCCAUUAUCUCUCUCUUUCUUUGCAGCAGAGUGGCAGAACCAGCAACUGUCCCUGCCACCUGUGGCAGUAUGCCUACCAGAGUGACCCGUGGAGCUGCAGCCCAGGCUGGAGCUCUUGCCAAGGUCACUCAGGUGGCGAGAGUCCAGCGUAGCAAAGCCCGCGUCGAGCGGCGCCAUCUGGGUCGCAACCGCAUCCACCGCCAAAACCUCACUAGGGAGCAGGUCCCCCGCCACGCAGCCCACACCAGAAACUCCUUCCUUCACCAGCCCAGCAAGCGUAACUUCUGCCACUAAAAUCCACCCAGACUUGGGGGGUUGUUUACUCCGAGGGCAUUAGUAGAGCAGAGACACACAAUCUUAAAUGUGUUCCCCCACUGCAUAUUCGCUUUACCUUAAUUCAAUUUACACCAGAUACAAGUAAACAUAGUUUUUUUGUCUAAAAAUGGACCCUUAAUGCUGGUUUUACACCCACUUCUGCUGAUAUGAACCAAGCCCUCUGAGUAGAUCUGCCCAUUGCAGCAGAAAGUCUACAAUUCUGGUUUUACUUACAAGCAUAACAUCAAAAAACAACAAAAAAUUGAGCUUUAUUUUCUUCUUUUAAACAAAAUAUUCUUUUUCUUCCACUAUUUAUCAAAGCAUGUUUUUAUUAAUUCAUCCAGUUAAAUCCUUAAAAUGUUUUCCUCAGUUCUGAAGUAAGGAUUUGAAAUCUUAACGUGCAGUUCUUCAUCAGCUUUCAGAUGGGAACAAUGCAGGACAGAGACAAAUUAAGCCUCAUGUCUUCUCAUCAUAUGCUCUAAAUAACUUAUGACAAGUCAUUUUUUAAUUUUUGAAAGGAUAUACCAUGUGUGAUGAGUGUGAGAGUCAGAUCAACAGUUUCCUUUAGACGUUGAUUAAGGAAACAUGGGGCAACCUGUGUCAUAAGAGGAAACAAAUGUUGUGAUAUUUCUCUCCGCUCACUCUUUGAAGGUUUAAAGCAAGUAGAAGACGGUGAGAGGAAGAGCAAAACAGACUAAAGAGUAAAAGAAAUGAAGAAUCAGAGAUGGGAAUUAUUUACAGGAAUGUAAUUAACAUGAAAUGAUGAUUGAAAAGUGUAUUGUGACCCAUUGAGCAUAGUAGAAAACAGCUCUGUGUUUGCAUAUUCUGCUCCUUCAAAUGGCCAUGACUUUUUUUGUUAUUGGCAUCAAAACAAGUUUAUGGAGAGAAAUAUUUGGAAUGCAGGGCUCGCCUUUGGGUUACAGGGAAUGGCAGAUUAUAGCAAGUGCAAAGUGGUAUCGGUGGCAACUCUUUAUUUUGUUUUGUCAUAUUGUUUCUGCUCUUUUUGUCUUAUAUAUCAGAGUUUUAUUUUUUGUCUCUGUCUGCAUAGUUCCAUCUAAGAAAAAAAAAUGCUUGCUCCUGUUAGACAAAGUACAUGCUGAAACAUAAACUGCUCCUCAUGGAUCAUACAUCGCAUAAUCAUUAAAUGUGUGGUCUGCAAUCCCAAGUAAUGUACCCGGUGCACAUCGACCAUCCUCAUUUGAGAGUGUGUGCCGAGAUCUUUCUCAUGCAAACACCGAAAGUAUGAUAUUCUCACACAUUUACCCACUUCUCUGAAAAAGCACUGACUACUGUUAGGAGAAAAGGGACACAGUUGUCUCCUUACGGCCUAAUUACACUCAUCGUCUCUAUACAGCACAUCCAAAACUAUCAUCUUAACACUGGAUGUGCAAUCUCCACCCACUCCAUGGCUGUGUCCCAUCCUUGUCAUCACAUCCAGCACUCGCAGUGUCCACAUAAAGAUCUAGCUUACUGAUAUGUAUUCAAUGACAAUAGUAAACAAUGGUGCUGAAGUGUAUACUAAUGUUUGUAAAUUAUUUGAGACAUGGAUGUAAGUUUGCACUGUCAUACAUUUUGUGAGUCAAAGUUUUAGCUGUGUGCUGUGUGCUUGUUUUACUUUUGUGAUUUUUUUUUCUUUUUGUUUCGAUUCAAAUUGUGUGUGAGAAGGUGUAUUGACAUGUUAACUGCUAGAAACUCCUUAAAAAUACAUGAGUAACCCUCAUUUAUUUGUCUUGUAUAUAGAACAAAACAAUUUAUCGCGCUCUGGUUGAUGUCGAAGCUUCUCUCAGGACUUGAGUCCACAAUGUUGUGUCUGAUGGGAAAAAUGAGAACCCUCUCUCUGCCUCACCUCUGUGCUCAAGAAUCAAGAGGGCAUUUCAGCAGCCAAUAGCAGCGUCUUUGCCCCAACUUUGGUUCCAUCUCUCUUGAGAUGUGCCAUAGAAACAGCACUCGACUCUGAGUUGAUGUGCCAUAGGCAAACACUGCCCUCCAGAGGGUCCAUGUAGCACAGCACUAACUGAAUGGAUGCUGUGGUGAGGAUACGAUUUUCAUACAAUUUGUAUAAAGGACAGGCUGGAAAUCUGGGGAUUAUUUCGGUUUGUUUGGGAAAUGGAAAUGUCUUGUCUCAUUUAGAUCAUCUAGAGAAGAAACGUUCAUCAUUUCCCCUUGGAUUACAAACCACAUUUUCUGCAUAUAACCUUACGAAUGACUCUUUCCUUUUCAAAAUCUGUCUACAUUUCUUAAUUUAUGAUGUAAUUAUAAGUAUGAUUUUUCUGUUUAAAGAUGACUUUUAUGUAUCCUAAUAGUUUUUCCAUAUGGCAAAAAAAGAUGGAUUUGAGGUGCUGAAUCCACAUGACACACACACACAGGUAUAGUGAUCUCCAACUGCCCAGGUGCUCACCAUUCUGACUGAAUUAGAGGCUGCCUGUUUAAAAAAGUGGAGUGAAAACAGGGUAAUAUACCAUAUCAAGUGAUAGCAGAUGGAAAUGUGUGUGGAUGAAAAAUAUAAAAAUCCCACUUAGAUACACACCUGCCACUGUUAACCUGUCUGUUUUUUCCUCAUUUUUAAUUCCUCCUUUGUCACCAGUGUCAUGUAAAAAGGAAGUGUGCUCUUGGUAUGUUGUGUGAGUUUUUGUGAAUGGUUUGAUUUAUGACUGAAAUGACAUAGGAAAGAGGGAGUGGGUGCACAGUGUGUUAAACCUAAACGAUGUGGACAGGGAACGAACGAGGCAGGGGACAAAUUGUUAUAUAUAGACAGUAUAUAUAAAAAAGAAAUUAAAUGUAUCAUUUAAGUAUAAUAGAAUAUGCUUGUAUUUUCCCAUAAUGUUGCUAGAACAGUUGCUCACCAUUAGGAUGUUUUAAAUGAAAGGCAUUGAAUGUCUGGGGAGUUUCAUAUGUUUUUCUGUUGUGCCCUGAAAUAAUGGCAGCUUAUUAACACUCGGGGGUUCGCCCAUGUUACAUCUCAAUUAGUACACCCCUCUCCCCACCAUAAAAAAAAAAAAGAAAUAUAUAGUCAUAUGAAAUUUGGUGUAUCUGAUAUCUAAAGUAUGGUGAUUGUGCCUUUCACUAUUUCUGCAUGGUUUUUGUGAUGUACCGAUUUUUCAUCCCCAAAUGGGCAGAUGUCCACUUACAGGCAAGACCUAUGCAAGAAUAAUUGGAUGGGUUUUCAAGCAUCCAUUCAGAAAAUACAGGUACCCGCCAAAAAAAAAAAAAAAAAAAAAAAAAAAGGAAAAACAACAACAACAAUAAAUGCUCAGGUUCACACCUGAAUCUUGUGUCAUUAUUUUUAUGUGGGGCAGCAGGGGGGACACCUGGAGGAUGUAAAGUAUUUAUCAAUCAAUCACAUUUUAUUAACAUAGCGCCAAUUCACAACAGUCGUCAUCCCAAGAUGCUUUCCAAAGAAAAAGAGCAGGUCUAGACCAAGGAAAAACUUCCUUUUAACAUGCAGAAACCUUGGGUAGGACCAGACUCAUGCCAGACAGCCACCAGGCCGCUGCUGGGUUGGGGAAGAAUACAGAGAGAUAAGGGAAAAGAGGGAGAGAGAGAGGGAGAGAGACAGGAGACAGCAGCAACAUUAAAACAACAGCAACAACAAAAGCUCAUGUAAUGAUGAAACAAAAUGAAUUCAGUUUACAGGGUUAGGAUAUGAGUAAUUAUGGACUAUGUAAAAUUAAUUAAAUGUGAUUACAGUCAGCAGGCCUGAUAGUAGUUGACUCUUGUUUUAUGUUAUUAAUGUCAGUGAGGCUGAUGAUCAUGUCUGCAGUAACAGUCCACAGGAACCCAAGAGAAGAAGGAGCUCAGGGCCUGAGGUGGACAAUCAUAAAUGAUGCAGCUGGAGUCAGGCAGGUCUGCAGCAGCCAACCGUCUGCAGCAGCCAUCAGUCCAGAGCGACCUAGGAGACUGGGAGAAAUGACUUCAAUGUACAGGAUAAUGAAGUAACUAAUUAUGGACAAUGCUAAAUUAAUUCAAGGUGAUUAAAGUUGACUUUCAAUGGCAGUUUACUCUAGUUUUAUUUUAUUGAUGUCAGUUAGGCUGACGUACGUAUCUGCAGCAGCUGUCCAGAGGAACCUAAGAGAUGGAGGAGCUCAAGGCCUGAGGUGGACAAUCAAAGAUGAUGCAGCUGGGGUCAUGCAGGUCCACAACAGACCGUCUGCAGCAUAUUUAGGAUCUCUGGACAUGUGGCAGUAUAAAAAAAAAAUACAAAGAAUCCACACAAGUAAUUCUGGCUUUCCAAAUAAAGUAAAUGAAAAGUUGCUAUGUAUUUAAAAAAAAAUCUGGUGACA